AUAAUUUAAAAUAUCGUUAUUGCGUUCGUCGUACUGUCGUCGUCGUCGUCGUUGAUAACGAGAGAGCGCGCGCGUGACCCGGCCUGUUGAUCGCGGCGGCGGCGGCGGUGCACGAGUAGCACUUCAUUAUUACGAUUAUUUCGACGACGACUGCCGUCGACCGUCGACGAUCCGAAUCCGACGCGUAACGCGGACCGCGUGCUGUCCGCGCUCCCGCCCCUCUCCUCCGCCGCACAGCUUCAUCCGCCUCCGACUCUCGUUCGGUAUCGAUUUUCCGUCCGAUACUCCGCGUCGGCGAACAGCGAUAGGUUUCGGCGCGGCCGCACAGCCCACCGAGCACACCGAGCACACAUCCGGCCGACCGUCCAGAGCCGUCACUCGUCGCACGCCGCCCGACACGCGCUCACGCACGCCGCCGACAACUCCAGCCGCCGCCGACAACUCCAGCCGCCACCACGUUUCGCCGCCACAUGGAGGACUACAUCGGCGGGUCGUCGUCGUCCAGCGACGACGACUCGGCGCCCGCCGUCAUCGUGCCGCCGCCGCCUAACCGGCAUCACAUCAUCAACGAGGACGAGAUCAUCGACCUGGACGCCAUCGACAAUCACCACCGCCGCCGCCGCCGCAACAACCAACCCCGCCGUCCGAUGCGCAGCGCCUCCAGCCACCCGGCCAUCGUCGACGCGAUACGCGGCACCGGCGGCAUCAUCGACCGGGUGGACCGCUCGCGGCCGGCCCUCACCAUCGACCGCGCCGCCGAGGAGGACGCGGCAGCGGCCUCGGCCGCGAACGUCGCGUCCGGCAUCUGCGACCCGAACAGGGUGCGCAACUACAAGGACAUGUUCAGGUACGCCAGCGACCUGGCCGACGGGGAGCCGAUGAACAUGCGUCAUGAGGACGACGCGCUGCUAUAUUGCGAGGAAAGAAGGAAAUUUCUGUCAAAUGUUUUGUCUACCAUGUCAGUCAAUGUACACGAGGAAAUGAACAAUUCUAUUAAUAUUUUGUUUGACAAUAAUAAACAAGUGGAUGAACAUGAAUUUGCGUUUGAUGUUAUUGGAGAAUAUGUUGACAAUAUUGAUUAUGCUAAUGAUUUUGAAAAGCUUGGCGGUUUCCAUAUCUUUUUACCGUGUAUCCGUUCCGAGCAUCCAACUGUGCGCGUCAAGACUUGUGAAUUGAUUGCUAAGUUGGUUCAGCAUAAUCCAUACUGUCAAGAAAAGUUUAUGGAAAAUACAAAUUAUAUAAAAGCAUUGAUUUCUAUGGUGGAAAACGAUCUUAACGAUGAAGUGCGUAUCAAAGCACUAGCUGCAAUUUCCAGUCUGAUCCGUGAAAACAACAAUGGUUUUUGGCAAUUCAUUGACCUUGGAGGUAAAGAUUUGAUUAUCAAUGCAUUGAAAGCUCCCAUUGAAAAAUUGAAGAUUAAAGCAGUUUUCAUCAUUUGCUCAACAUCUCAUAUGGGUAACGAUGUAGCGGAAAUGUAUGUUGAUAAUGGUGUUGUUGAAAUUAUAAGUUCGAUAAUCAUGGGCAUGGAAAAAAAUGUUGAUCCAAGUCAUCAUGAGUUAAUUUUAUCGACAUUGCAUCAAUUGACUCGUAUGUCACCAGCUAGAGUCAAAGAAAUAUGCUCUUCGUUGGAGGAUUUCAAGCCAGCAUUGACAUCAUUACGCGAUUCAUAUUCAAAUGAAUCAAACCAUCAGGACGAUAAGGAUAAAAUUUUGUGGUUGAUGGAAUCCCUAACGUUGUGAAGAGGUGAAGCGGCACAUUUCAUAUUACUUACUUUAUUAUAAUAUAAUGUUUUCAUAUCUGUAAUUGCUUUUAAAUGAAAUUAAACCUAUGGUUCUUUACGCUAUUAAUUUUACUUUGUUUACUUUUUUUUUUUUGGAAUAAUGUAUAAUAAUAUAUUAUUCUACUAUUAAAGUUGAAUACUGCAUUCAUACUAUUCAGAUGGAUGCAAUUGGUGUAUUAUACUGAUAAGGUUAAGGUGUGAAAUUUAUAUUUUGUUACGGACUUAGAUUGAAGUAACAAACUAAAAUAAGAACUUUAGAAGAUUAGAUUUAAUUUAUUCCAAAAAUUGAUGUUAUUUCUCACUAAUUUGAGAAUUGUAUGUUUUGUUACUGACCAAGAAAGUAUAGUAACAAACUAAAAUAAGAAAUUUAGCUUAGAUUAAACUUUACUCCACAAAUUGAUGUUAUUUCUUAAUAAUUCUCAAUGUUAUUUUAAAUUUAUUAUAAAGGACAUAAUUUAAAUGUACAAAUAUUUUACUUUAUUACUGAAGAUUUCACAUUGCCUGCGAUGAAUCUGGCAUUAUAUUAAUUAAACAGUUAAAACUAUCUAUAAAAAUAUCCAGUCAACAUUUUCAAUAAAAUUCAUAGCGUUAAUAAAAUGCUCAAGGAUGUAUUGUCUAUAAUAUUAUAUAACAUUGAUAAUACUUGUACUUAAAUUGUCUAUUGAACAAUAAUUCUUGGGAGUUUAAUAAUGUCUCCCCAAGAAUAAUCAAUGUGCAUGUCUUUUGAUUUUUUUUUAAAUUUUAUAAUUAAAAUUCCUUGGUUUACUAAAUGUUGUUAAUUUGUUCUAAUGUUCAAUAAACCUUAAUUAAUAAUAUAUACCAACUAUUAUAUCUGUUGCUGGCUACAAGAAUUUACUUUAGCACAAAUUUUAUUUAACUAAAAUAUCAAAAUUUAUAUUCAAAAGAAGUAUAAUAAUUAAUAAUAAUUUUUAUUAAAAUAGUUCAAUGUCUAAAUUUUAAUUUUUCCCUCGUAAAUAAAUUAUAUUUGAAGGUCUAUUAAGUGUCUUUUAUUUAUUUAUAUAAAUGUUAACAUUAUGCUUAAUAUUAAAAAACCACUCAGUUAGUAUUUAAGUCAUAAGUAAUAAGGAAAUAUUGUUGUUAGACUUUGGAUGUUAUUUCCCUAUUUUAAUGUGAAAAAUGCAUUUAAAUCAAAACAUAAAAUAACUUAAAAAUAAGUUUAUUCAUUUUUUGUCUCAGUUUUAUUUUUAUUCACGCCUAAAAUAUUGUUGAGGAAAACAGUGAAUAAUUAAACAUACAAAUUCAGUAUAUAAUUUAAUAGUAUCUAUUUUGAAUAAUUUAAAAAAUAAUUCAUGUAAUAAGAAGAACUUUGCUUGAAAAUUGUUUAUUAAUAAACAAAAAACUCAUUCCCACCCAUAAUGAAAUAACCUUACUUAUCCUAUAUGGUUUUGUGGGAAUCUUUAUUUUUAAAAAUAUAGAUUUACCUUGAUUAAAUUUGUGAUAUAUUACGUACACCUUACAUUUGAUUUCUCAAAUUAUGUUUGUGGCUGAAGCUCUCUAUUCCUAUUUUGUACUUAACAAAAUACAAAUAUAACAUCCAAACUCUAAUUAUUUAUGUUAUAUUUAUGUGUAAUCUAUUGAUUUAGACUGUAACAAAUUCCAUUUUUAAGUUUUGACAGUAAUUCUUAAGACAUUUUCUUUAUUUUGUUUGUGUAUCACUUUCCACUGCCGUACACUAUUACGGUAAAUUAAAUUUUAAAAAUGUACCUUGAUAAUAAUAUAUUUAAGAAUUCAAUAUUGCUCUUAUUGACCACCAGUUUGUAAACUAAAGCACUGUUUUUAUUAUAAUUAAAAAUAAUUAAACAUUUAAAUUAUAUUAAUAUUUAUAUAUAUCAUAUUUAAUAUGGAAAUAUAUAAUAUUUAAUUAUUAUAAUCAUAUAAUUUCAUGGAAAUUAGCCAUUCUGAUAUAAUGUCAAAUUUUAUACUUUAACAUGGGUGUUUAUUUAAUGUAUUUUAAAAUAUAUUGAUAUUGGUAUUGACA